AUGGACAACAACACCGAUCCUCAACCCCACACUCCUCCCCCUUCAUCUAGGGUCAUUCCCCGAACACCCGGCAACCGAUCUCUCGGCGUUACUGUCGAUUGUGGACGCAUAGGCACCUUAACUGUUCACGGCAGCAAGGGUGCCAUCGUCUCGAUCUUCCCUGUGGAUCAUAAGGUCACACGAAUAGGGGGAGACGUCUCCUGCCACGUUCGGCUCUAUGAUAGCGAUGCGCCCCGCUUUGUGUGCGAUCUGAGAUUUGACGUGAAUACGCACAAGGUUCAUAUUGAUGCAAGGCAUCCGUCAUGCAUGCGCAAUAACGUGCCCGUGUAUCGCUCUGCGAUCAAAGCACCAUUGGAAGACGGAGAAAGGAUUUCUCUCCCGGGUCAUAAGUUUACCUGGCACUAUGCAGCCGGCGUGAAGUUAUUAACUAAACAGAUGCUCGACAUGUCUCAACCUGGCCUUCGCGGGUUCCGACUAAGUAUCUUCCCAUCCUCCCGUGUGUUCCCCGCCACCCCAACUGAACACCGGAAACGCAAGCAUGUCAAGCUUCCCGAGUUCCUCGCUCCGGCACACUCCUCCAAGAAACUGCAGAAGAAGAUUGUCUCCCACGUAGUCGAGUCUCCAUCCGCUGCUCCGUCAACUCCUGCCCCUCGCAGUCGCCGUGGAUACCGUGCACCUGACGAUUCUCUUGACUCUAUGUCCGGCGACACCUCCGUCGAUUCUGCCACAAGUUCUGUGUACGAUUCAGACUCGAGCAUGCAUUUCGGUCUUGCUCAGGACGGCAAUCGCUUCAUCGCCCUUGAAGAAGUUGAUGAGGCCACUGAGCCCAAGGGCGCAAGGACUCCAGCCCCCGUUCAAAAGCAGAUCAACAACCGUCUUAUGCGCCGGACUCGUGCCGUGUUCAGCAUCAAGAGGGUCAAGCAGUACGUCGAAUGGCAAGGAAAUCAAACACCCCGUCCAGGUCGAAAGCUGCAUUUUCUCGACACGGCCGAGGUUAAUAUCAUCCCGAACAAUCUGGAAGAGCACCAGAAUGACCAGGACGAGGCUUCAUUCCCAUGGCCGACGGAUGGUGUCCAAUUUCCUCUGGAAGACCUGACCGACGCCUAUGUCGAUGUCCCCCAAGACCAGUUGAAAUUAUCAACGCAAGGACUUGGAACGUCAAAUGGAGUCGAGAUCUCGGAGAACGUCGUGGGAAUUCCGUCAGAACAACACGAACCUGUUUUGUCCUCAUUGCCGUCCACUCCCACUCGACCAUCCACCCGCCUGGCAGGACGCAAUCCGCGAUUUCCUAAGCAGAAUACCCCUAAACAAUCCCUCCUUGCUUUGGCACUCAUGAAUGCGUGUUGUCAUCGCGAGCAAGAAGAGCGCAUAAAGGAGGACAGGGAAAGGGAGCGGCUCAGGCAGGAGGCGGAAAACCGGAGCGAUCGCCAACCGCAGCAGCACAUGUGGGAGGAUUGGACACUCUUCCUACAACAACAGCAGUCGUGGGGUCUAAAUCAAAUGGUUGCUAACAACUGGUUUCCUCCGUUUGCCACUAUGCAGCAAACGGUCCCCACCUCACUCAACGAUGGUCCCAUUGGAGCUCCCCCAAUCAUCUUCUCCCUGUCCACCUCCGAGGAAUCCUCAACACAGCCUGCAUAUUAUGGACAGGACUCCCGGGACUUGCAGUCCACGUACUUUAAUUCGAUGCCGCUGCUUGGGGGUUCAUCCGACCAGACUUCGAUCUACCCAACGCAGCCGACUUUCCCCAGCCAAUACAAUCCGACAAUGCCCUCCGAACAACUCAUCCCCAUGCGUUUUGACGAUACUGCGCACGCUUGGCAGACGCUCAGCGAGGAGGAGUAUGAAGAUAUCCCAAUGGACCUAGACCCUCCCGUAGAGUUGCAGCUCGAUCCUCAGCUCAUGGACCACAUUUACGGCUUGGAGUUAGGCAUGCCACCAGUACAGGCCAUGCCAGGCACGCAGCAGCAUGCCGAUCCUGUAGACCAACCCCCGCUAACAAUCUUUCCUGAGCAAGAUCCCAUCUUCACAAGCCUGCAACAUAUCCAUGAAGCGUCAGUGCCGUCGUAUCCUACGCAACUUUCCUUGGUACAGGAGCAGAACCAUCUAUCGCAAACUGGACGGGCCCGUCUGGAGGCAACACAUAGGUCCCUACGUGGGUCCGGGACAAAUAGCCUAUUAUCGCCCCCGAACCGACGUCCACGCUGGCGUCCAUACUGGAGUUUCACUCCGGCACAACGGGAGAAGGGAAAGAAGAUCUUGCACCGGCGACUGGAUAGACAGCGAGCGCAAGCACAGAAGAGUUCGGUGCUAAAACCUCUGGACGAAGCGGGUGACCAUCUGGCGACGGAUCCCGACUUACUGGCUGAUGUAGAUGAAGCGAAGACCCAAAACGCGGUGACACCGGACGUCUUUAGAGUUUUGACCCAGGAUUCAUCGCCCAGCGAGACAACGGAGCCGCCCCAAAUGAGCGUCAAUACAGAUCUCGAGCCUGAUAAGCUUGAGAAGAGUGGUCCUAUUGUGCAGAUCAGCACGCCCACUCUUUCGGACGAGCUAGCGCCGACGCAAAGUGAUGCGCCGACUACCAAUGUCGUAUCCCAGACUACCAUGGCAGAACCAGAACCCGAUCUGACUCCUGACCCUGCAACAUCAGAAGAGGUCCAACAAGAGCUCAACGCCGACGCGCCAGCUAGUUCACCCUGUGAUGUCAGAGUCGACAAAAUCUUGGAGACGGGAGAUAUGGUUGUGCAAGAACGCAGUGUUGUUGUGGAACAAGAAAAGCCGGCACGACGCAGCAAGCGCAAGCUGCAGGACUCUGUCGCCCCAGUCGACACGGCUCCCGCCAAAAAGGCAUCCCGCACAAAUACCAGACGCAAAGCACAGGAAGUUGUUCUCGACGCUGCACCUUCGAUUGAGCCUGCCAAAGAGAUCAGCGUCGCCGAUGUCAACACCAAUAACAUAGGCGCCAGCCGUCCCACCAAGCCCUUGCGGCGCACCCGGAAGAAUGCUGUCGCGGACGUUCCUGAGGCUCCGCCACGCCGCCGAAUAGCCAGGUCGACCGCCGUCAAACCAGCGCCCAAGGCUGAGUUGACCGCCGAACCUCCAGAACACAGUACUGGUGAAGUUAUCGCGCAAGAUACGUUGAUGCCCAUCGGGCCGGUAAACAUGGACGGACACCAAGACGUACAGACAGUUACCGAAGGGCAAGAACCCACCGUGAUGGAAGGUCCUACACCUGUGGAAAAGCCGCAGUUUGUCGAGGAGCGGCCUAUUCGCAGUUUACGCAGCUCCCGCGCCGCGAAAAGUGCUGUCCAAUCAGUCCCAGAACCUGUGACCAAUACGAGGAGCACGCGGCGUAGCAAGAAAGCAGCGGAGCCCGUUGUCGAACAACAGUCGAGAGAUGAGAAUACUGCGCCGAAGCAGCUCGCCACACCGGCAAUUGUCAUUGUGGAGAAGACCACUGCGGAGGAGCCUGCCAGGGUCACUCGGAAACGUAGACGGGUUGUCGAAGCUGAUGAAGCCGAUGCGAAAGCAGCUGAAGAGACGAAGGAACUCGUGGUCAAGAGCGGCGGUCGGAAGAUGGCAUUGAGAGAACGCAAAGCCAUCGAGGUGCAUUCACCUAAGCGCCAGCGUACAUCUAAUUUCGUCGACGCGGCGGAGGAACAACAACCUGUUCAGCCGGCCAAGAGGACCAGAAAGGCCCGAACAGUUGCCACGGUAACGGCAACCAUCGACAGGGAGCUGCCCCCGAGCCCAGUAAAGAGGACAAGGAGCCGCGUCACACGCUCUGGUGCAUCUCAAGAAACAGCAGUGUCUAAAGUUGCCGCCCCGCUGGCUGUAGUGAAGAAAUCUCGCGCUCUGAGGAAAUAA